CGACCCAUAUUAACUAAAUUCCAUUUUUCUGCGUUAAACAAAUUCAGCCGUAAAACACCCCGCGCAAUGAAUUUCAUUUCUGCACGGCGUCCUCGUGCCAGUCAUGCUAAUUUAGGAACGCGGUUGAAUGAAGGUUUCAUUAACGUGUUUUGAGAGAGGUGCAGGAUGAGGAGAGCCUAGUUUCAAUGCUGACAUGAGGACGACGGAUUCUCCUUCACAGUCAUGCGGAUGGUUUGUGAGAAAGGAGGAGUUUGGUUAUCUUGCUCUUAAGAAGAACAACACUCAGGCUAGAAGGCGACUUGGCUGGCGUUUACUUCCUCCGGCGAGGCAGCCUCUUAGCAAUUUAUAUGAUUUUUGGAAAAAAGCGCUUUUAGGGACUGAACUCUUGCAGGAUCAUUUAAUAUGGUCGUAUUUUCAUAUGGAGCCUUUGGAAAGACACUCGCUUUAGAAUAGGGUUAUUUAUCAUUGUAGAUGUGGGUUAGAUUAUGCAAUAAAGUCAUUUAUGUGGUUACCAAACCAACAAAUUAUAUUAGACAGAAGCAGGAGUGUUCUAGGGGAGAGUGCUGGACUGCAGUGGACUGCGUUUGGGAAGACACACUCGCUGUUAGUGCCCAAUAACCCGUGACUCGCUGCUGUUAUUAACUUCAAUAUAGAGAGAGACCCCAGGCCCCUCCUUUGGCACCAAAGAGACCCGGUCAGGCUCCCCAUCAGGACCAUGAACGAGACGCUGCACCACCACUUCACCCCCAGGCUCCCGGAGCAGGGCCCCUUGACCCUCGACAACGGCACGCUGAACGGGUCUCUGGGUGACGGGAACGCCACGGGCAUCGCGCAGAUCAUGAUCCCGCAGGAGCUCUUCCUCAUGCUGGGCCUCAUCAGCCUGGUGGAGAACAUCCUGGUGGUGGCGGCCAUCGUGAAGAACAGAAACCUGCACUCGCCCAUGUACUACUUCAUCUGCUGCCUGGCCGUGUCCGACAUGCUGGUGAGCGUGAGCAACGUGGUGGAGACCAUGUUCAUGCUGCUGACCGAGCACGGCGUGCUCGCGGUCACCGCGGGCAUGCUGCGUCACCUGGACAACGUCAUCGACGUGAUGAUCUGCAGCUCCGUGGUGUCCUCGCUCUCCUUCCUGUGCACGAUCGCCGCCGACCGCUACAUCACCAUCUUCUACGCGCUGCGCUACCACAGCAUCAUGACCACGCGGCGCGCGGUGGCCGUCAUCGCGCUCGUGUGGCUCGCGAGCAUCACGUCGAGCUCACUCUUCAUCGUCUACCACACGGACGACGCCGUGGUCGCGUGCCUCGUCACCUUCUUCGGCCUCGCGCUCGUCUUCACCGCCGCGCUCUACCUGCACAUGUUCGUGCUGGCGCGCGUACACUCGCGCCGCAUCCGCGCGCUCCACAAGAGCCGGCGCGCGGCGGCGACGAGCAUGAAGGGCGCCGUCACGCUGACCAUCCUGCUCGGGGUGUUCGUCGUGUGCUGGGGGCCCUUUUUCCUCCACCUCAUCCUCAUCCUCACGUGCCCCACCAACCCGUACUGCAAGUGCUACUUCAGCCACUUCAACCUCUUCCUCAUCCUCAUCAUCUGCAACUCGCUCAUAGACCCCCUCAUUUACGCCUACCGGAGUCAGGAGCUGAGGAAAACGCUCAAGGAGCUCGUGCUCUGCUACUCUGUCCACGUCUUUAAAUAUAUUUUGACGUCUAAAUUUAGUCACAGCCUUUCUUACACAACACCAGCCGGAACUCCCCCUCAAGGACCGGAGAAAAGUGCCUGUAAUGCAGCACAGAGGCCUGUUAGACUGCUGUGGACCUUGGAUCUUCAAAUGGAUACUACACAAUCCUCGUCUGGACCGGCCGAGCCUUCUGCCGGCGAUUCGGAGGAGGACACACACACUUGCCCUUUCACGGACACUCGCUGGACGAAGCAGGACAGGAUGCGCGAGAUUGUUCACAUUCAAGCUGGCCAGUGUGGCAAUCAGAUUGGAGCCAAGUUCUGGGAGGUGAUCAGUGAUGAGCAUGGCAUCGACCCAACUGGAAACUACGUGGGUGACUCAGACCUGCAGCUGGAGAGGAUCAGUGUCUAUUACAAUGAGGCUUCCUCUUCUAAGUAUGUUCCCAGAGCCAUCCUAGUGGAUCUGGAGCCAGGCACCAUGGAUAGUGUUCGAUCUGGGGCGUUUGGUCAUCUCUUCAGACCUGAUAACUUCAUUUUUGGUCAGAGUGGAGCAGGUAACAACUGGGCUAAAGGCCAUUAUACAGAGGGAGCAGAGCUAGUGGACUCAGUGUUGGAUGUGGUGAGGAAAGAGUGUGAGAACUGUGAUUGCCUUCAGGGCUUCCAGCUCACCCACUCCCUCGGAGGAGGCACAGGGUCCGGCAUGGGCACCCUGCUCAUCAGCAAAGUGAGGGAGGAGUACCCAGACCGCAUCAUGAACACCUUCAGUGUAGUGCCUUCCCCUAAAGUAUCUGACACAGUGGUGGAGCCCUACAACGCCACCCUGUCCAUCCAUCAGCUUGUGGAGAACACUGAUGAAACCUACUGCAUCGACAAUGAAGCUCUCUACGAUAUCUGCUUCCGCACCCUCAAACUGGCCACACCCACCUAUGGCGACCUCAACCACCUGGUUUCGGCCACCAUGAGCGGGGUCACAACCUCCCUGCGUUUCCCAGGGCAGCUGAACGCUGACCUCCGUAAGCUAGCUGUCAAUAUGGUCCCCUUUCCUCGCCUGCACUUCUUCAUGCCUGGUUUUGCUCCUCUAACAGCACGAGGCAGUCAGCAGUACCGCGCCCUCACAGUGCCCGAGCUCACCCAGCAGAUGUUCGAUGCCAAAAACAUGAUGGCUGCCUGCGACCCACGCCAUGGCCGCUACCUCACUGUGGCGACAGUGUUCCGAGGCCGCAUGUCCAUGAAGGAAGUGGAUGAGCAGAUGCUGGCCAUCCAGAGCAAGAACAGCAGCUACUUUGUCGAAUGGAUCCCCAACAAUGUAAAGGUGGCCGUGUGCGACAUUCCUCCAAGGGGGCUCAAGAUGUCCUCCACCUUCAUUGGCAACAGCACUGCCAUACAGGAACUGUUCAAGCGCAUCUCCGAGCAGUUCACUGCCAUGUUCAGGCGUAAGGCUUUCCUGCACUGGUACACUGGCGAAGGCAUGGACGAGAUGGAGUUCACAGAGGCUGAGAGCAACAUGAACGACCUGGUGUCUGAGUACCAGCAGUACCAGGAUGCCACAGCUGAGGAAGAGGGAGAAAUGUAUGAGGAUGAUGAUGAGGAGUCAGAGGCCCAGGUCCAAAAGUGAAGAAACCUUUCAGAAGUAGCAAAAUCCACCCCCAUAUACACCAACUGCUCUACAGCCCAAACAAGUGUGCUGCUGGCUAAAGUAUCUCAAUCUAAUCUCUCUCUCACUGGUAGUUUAACCUUCAUAUUAACCAUUAGUGCCAGUUCAAAAACAGUAGUUCCCUUUACUGUGCAAUAACAGCUUCUUUAUUACACUGUAUUUGUUGUUGACAAUACUGUCCACUGACCAAACUUAAAUAAAGAAAUGUUUCAAGUGAA